GCGCGGCCCCGAGGCUUUCGAGCAAGCCCAAGUCUGGGAGCGGCACACCUGGCGGGAGUCACAUGUUGCCGCGCAACCAUCAACCCCCGACUGAGCUGCUCGGUUGGUAGUUUCCGAACUUGCUUAUUCUUUCACAUGAGUCCCGCCUGCCAGGCAGUGCAGUUCAUUAGUGCUGCGCUAGAUUAUGUCUAGACACGUAGACGUACUGCGGGAUGGAUGGACCUUCGGGAGAGCUCCACGAUGACCAAAACGAGAUGUGGCAGCACUCUGACUCAUGGCAGAAGAACCAUUCCCACUCAAAUGAAGAUAAUAACAUUGGUUCUUGGAAUCAAGAAGAAGGUGUCCAUCAGCAGGAUGAUGAUAAACAAGAUGCUUCGUUACAGGAUGCUUCGUUACAGGAUACUCCAUUACAGGAUACUCCGUUACAGGAUGAUCAAACCAGGGUGAUGGCAGCUUUAGCCCAAAAGUUGUUCGUAAAAAAGUAUGAGCCAGGAAGCAAAUGGGCUGAAAUUAAGAAAUAUCGACAAGAAAUAACUGAAAUGCGACAAUUUAGACACAGAGCUGAAGAGACUUUAAAGGAUACAAUCGAACAACUUUUGGGCUUAAAAACGGAAAAUGAGACCCUGGAAGAGGAGCGUGAAAUGCUUGAAAACACUCUUCACGAACUGAAGGAGUGGCUUCCUUAUUAUAAAAUGGAAAAUGAGAUCUUAACAGGAGAAAUCUUCCAGAGAGUAAAAGAGACCAUUAUAUCCUCACCACACAUCCUGGAUGAACAUCUCAGGGGUCCAACUGAAAAAGCAGCAGAAUUUAAAGAGAAGGCAAAAGAGAUGCUAAGAUGCCAUCUUGAAGUCAGUAAGUCCGAAACAGAAUUCGUUGAGCUCUGCAGGAAGACCUAUCAACGCUACAAACAAUUUAUCCUUCGGGCUGCUGGAGAUGCAAAGAGGACUAAACGAGAAGUCUCUGUGAUGCUGAAAAAGCUCAAUGCCUGUGAGCUACUGCAAGAAGAACAGAAUAAGAGGUGCAGAGCUGCCGAAGCAGAAAACAGAAGGCUUCAUGGCCGACAGAGAGGAUUGGUAGAGGAUGUAGAUUAUCUCCAGAAGGAAGUCCUUGAAAAUGAGGAGUCCUUGUCAGAGGAGUUGGCCGAUGAACUUUUGUCUGAAGGAACUCCUAUAUUUGAAGAGGCUCUGCCUGAAGGAGGAGGAGAGGAAGACAAACCAGAAGAAGAACAAGAGAGUGCCGCACCCAAAGAACCUCCAUCCCCUGAGUAUAAGGAGCCAACACCUGAUGAGGAAUAUGAGGCGAGUACUACCAAUUCGAAUGAAUCCGUAUUGGAUGAGGAGACCCCAGGCUCUGAAGAAGCCAAAGAAGAAUUACAUGAAAUGCCUAAGUUUACAUCUUGGCAAAAAUCAAAAAUUGCAGUGGCUUUUGGAUUAAAGAAGAAGACAAAAUUAGCUGCCAAAUGGGAUAUCUUAAGGGAACAAUGGGAGGCAGAGAGGGAGAGAAACAAAGAAAUGCAACUGGAAAAAGCAAGGAAAGAAAAGGAAUGUAAACAAAGAGCUAUAGAAGAACGAUACAACAUCAUGUUAGAACAAAAGAGACAACGAGAAAAAGUAUUGCAAGAACAGGAAGAACAAUGUGCUGAGCUAAGACAAGUACUAACUAAAAAAAUAAGAGAACACGACGCAACUUUACUACCUAUGCCUGAGGACAUCAUUGCCAUUGGUGAAAUCUUGCUGCUUGUAAUAGAAAUGGAAGAUAGUUUACAAAGGCUCAUGAUUGAAAAUAAGGUUUCGGUGGUUGAACUCAAGGAAACAGCUGAAAAGAGAUUGAAACUUUACAAGGAAACAAUCAGCUGUAUUCGUAAUAUGGUGAAGAAAUGUAAACAAGAAGUUGUUCAUUAUCAGGAGAAACUCAAUGAUGCUAUGAGUGUGUUGGAAGAUACUAUUCUGCGUAACAGAGCCCUAGAAGAAGAGAACAAACAACUUAAAAGCUUAAUGAAAUCAUCUGGAAUGGUAUUUCCAGAUGAACAAGCAUUACCUUCUCAUCAAAAGAUGAAGCCUCAGGUUGUGCAAAAAAGUGAACCAGAAAUGGAGCUUAUUGAGCCUAAACUUAAACAGUCAGUUGAGCCUGAACAUGAGGAAGGAGAAUCUGAUGACCUUCAGGUUAAAGAGGCCAUUUUAAUUCAAGAUGAGCCUGAGCCUGUACCUCUACCUGUACCUGAGCAAGAACCUGAACCUGAGUCUGAGCCUGAGCCAGUGCCCAAGACUGAGCCUAAGCUUGAUGCUGUGCCAGAGCCUGAGCCUGAGCUUGGUGCCGUGCCAGAACCUGAGCCUAAGCUUGAUGCCGUGCCAGAGCCUGAGCCUAAGCUUGAUGCCGUGCCAGAGCCUGAGCCUAAGCUUGAUGCCAUGCCAGAUCCUGAGCCUAGGCUUGAUGCCGUGCCAGAGCCUGAGCCUAGGCUUCAUGCCGUGCCAGAUCCUGUGCCUAGGCUUGAUGCCGUGCCAGAGCCUGAGCCUAGGCUUGAUGCCAUGCCAGAGCCUGAGCCUAGGCUUGAUGCCAUGCCAGAGCCUGAGCCUAGGCUUGAUGCCAUGCCAGAGCCUAAGCCUGAUGCCAUGCCAGAGCCUGAGCCUGAUGCCAUGCCAGAGCCUGAGCCUAGGCUUGAUGCCGUGUCAGAACCUGCACCUCAUCUUGAUGUUGUGCCAGAGCUUGUGCCUAAGCCUGAACCUGCACCCCAAACUGAGCAGUAUACUGAAUCCAAACCUGAACCUGAAUCCUUCCCUGUAUUUGAGUUUGAACCUGAAAUUGGAACUGUUUUUACAUCUGAACAUGAACCUAAACCUCCAAGUGAAUCUCAGCCUAAAUAUGAACCUGAAAUUGUAAAUUUAGCUGAACAUACUCUUGAUGGUGAAAGAUUAGCUGAGCCUGAACCUGAUGAAAAAUUACUGGUUGACCCUAAGGAAAGAAAAUCUGAUUUUGAGCCUGAGCCUGAGCCUGGAUCUGAAAAGGAAACAGUAUAUCUACUUGAGCAUGAGGGGGUUUCAUUGCAUGAGCCUUUGACGAAAACUUCAUUUGAUGCUGAAAUGGAUGAUCAACAGGAUCCUAAAAUAUCAGUUGAACCUGAGUUUGAGCACAAGGUGGAAAAAACAGAAUCUGGUUUUCAACCUCAAUUGGAGACUGAGGAAGAAAAAGUAGUUCAGAGAGAACCUGAACCCGAAAAAGGAAUAGUACUUGACAUUUGCACUGAUAUGAAAUUAUCCCAUGAGCCUGAAAUUCAACCAUCAGUGGAAGUAUUGACUGAACAUAAGGAGGAAAAACCAGGAGGGCUUGAAACUAAAGUGUUAGUGAAGGCUGAGCCUGAGGAAGAACCAGAUGGGCUUCAAACACAAGUAUUAGUUAAGGCUGAGCUUGAAGAAGAAAAUGAGGCAACAGGAACAACUAAACCUCAGCUUAAAUUGGAAAUAGAGAAACUUCCUGGAAAUAAGUGUGAUGUAUCUACAUUGCCAAUAAUUGAACCAGAGAAUGGGCCUGAGACAGAAUGUAUAACAGAGCCUGAAAUUAUGGCUGUGGAAAGUACAUCUGCUGUCCCAGGGCUUGAAUCUGAAACUGGAAUAUUGCCAGAAAAUGAACAUGAUGUGAUGCCAGAGUCCACAAAUGCGACUAAGGAACGAAAAUUAUCAGAGCCUGAAAUUCAUGUUGGACCUUCAACAUUUCUGGACACUAUUCCUGAGCAAGAAACAUUUGCUGAACCUGAACUUACUAAGGAGGAGGAGAAAGCACUGAUUGAGGUUGAACUUAGGCCUGAUACUAAGACAUUAGAUAAACUUAAAUAUAUGCCUGAGGGGGAAACACUGAUGGAAUCAGAACCUGAACCUGACACAGAUGUAUUGGCAGAGUUUGAACCUAAUUAUGAAACCCGAACAAUGGAGGAAUUCACACCAAAAAUGGGAACUCUACUUGAAUUUGACCUGGAGCCUGAGUUGGGAACAUCAGCCGAGUCUGAGCCUGAGGUAGGAGCUUUAGUUGGACCAGACAUGGAAUUUCAACCACCAUCCACAAGACUUAAAAAGAAGAAAAGAAAGAAGAAAAAGAAAAAGAAGUUCAAGACACAAUUACAGAGUUUACAAGAACUGGUCAAAAGGUGCACGCUUGAGAAGAGUAUUCAGCCAAUGAAAUACCCUCCUUUGCGGUAUUAA